CUUGUGCCCUCGCGAGGAGAGACGUCUUCGUGCGGGGCGAGGAAGGAGGCCAUGAGACUGGGCGAGAGGCGUUUCGGAGUAGUCUCGGCAGGAAGCGCACAUGCUCGCAGAGGGAGUGGAGUGUAGAGGAGAGGAGAAGAGGCGAUGGCGGGGCGGGGAGCAUCGGGCCCCGUGGUGCGGGCGCUGUCGCGAGCGGCGCGUGCGUUGAAGCAGAGGCAUGGCGGUGAUGCGGAGGCCGGAGUGGUGCGCGCGUUGGGAGCGAGCGCGCAGCAGCAGGAAGGCAAUGGUGAGGGUUAUGGGGUGAGGGGAUUUCGAGGGCUGGCGCUGGUGGGCGCCGGGACCACGGGGCUUCUCGGGCUGGCAGGUGUGGCGUACGCCGAUGAGGCGGAGCACGGGCUGGCGCCACCGCAGUACCCAUGGUCGCACAACGGCGUGCUGAGCGGGUACGACCACGCUUCGAUCCGGCGGGGGCACCAGGUUUUCCAGCAGGUGUGCGCGGCGUGCCACAGCGCGUCUCUGGUGGCGUAUCGAGACUUGAUCGGGGUGGCGUACACUGAAGAUGAGGUGAAGUGCCUGGCCGCGGAGGUGGAAGUGGAGGAUGGUCCGAAUGACGAGGGCGAGAUGUACAUGCGGCCUGGCAAGCCGAGCGACCAUUUCCAGAAUCCUUAUCCGAACGAGUCGGCUGCUCGAUUCGCGAACGGCGGGGCGUACCCGCCGGACUUGAGCUUGAUCACGAAGGCGCGUCACGACGGGCAGAAUUACGUGUAUGCGUUGCUGCUGGGGUACCGCGAGCCGCCUGCGGGAGUGUCGGUGCGGGAGGGUUUGCACUACAAUCCGUACUUUCCCGGGGGCGCGAUCGCGAUGCCGAAGAUGCUGACGGACGGGGGUGUGGAGUACGAGGACGGGACGGCGGCGACGGAGUCGCAGAUGGCGAAGGACGUGGUGACAUUUUUGUCGUGGGCAGCGGAGCCGGAGAUGGACGAGCGGAAGCUGGCAGGAGCGAAGUGGAUCUUCGUGCUGAGUUUGGCGCUGCUGCAAGCGGCGUACUACAAGAGGUUUAGGUGGGCACCGAUAAAGUCGAGGAAGCUGGUGUUCGAUGUGGUGAACUAGAAUUGGGAUGCGCGGAGGGGGCGAAUUGAGGAGAUGAAUUGAGGAGGAUGCAGAGGGAACAGCGGUGGGGAGGGUGUUGGCGACAAUGCUGGUGGUGGAAGAUUAUUUAAAUUAGGUUUAAUCUUGAAAUUGGCAGAUAAAUACACGAAUAUUUUUCUUCUAGCCUUGGCAUUCGAUUCGGAGGCAGUGAAUGGAAUGAAAUUGUCUGAUUCGCGAAGAUCUUUAAUGUAAGACUAUAGUGACAAAUGACGAGUUUUCCCUCGAUAAUGAUAAAGUUAACUUCUCGUGACCUUUAAUGUGAA